AUGAGGUCCUUAGAGGAGCCGCCAUUCAUUCCCGUCCCGAUUGAUUCUCUUUCAGAUGAGAUCGAUGGGGAGGACGAGACGCUAGGGCUGCGAUCCGGUCAGCCGACUGAUCAGCGCGGGCCGCUCUGCUCGUACGUGGCGGCAACGGCGCUGCUGCUGCUGGGCUGCGGGGUGGGCCUCGGCAUCAGCGCGCUGCUCUCGCUGCUCUUCCCCGCCACCUCGCUCCGCUUCAUCUCCGCCAACGCUCCCCCUGACGCGCUCGCGGACGCUCAGUCGCAACUGUCGUUCCUGGUCGUGGGAGACUGGGGUCGCAACGGCGACUACAACCAGUCCAUCGUCGCGGAAUCGAUGGGCGAGGUGGCAGCGGCCAUUGACAGCAGCUUCGUGGUGUCGACGGGGGACAACUUCUAUGAUGACGGGAUGCAGGACAUCAAUGACCCCACCUUCGCCUCUUCCUUCUCCGAGAUCUACCAGGCGCCCAGCCUGCAGACCCAGUGGUACGCAGUGCUGGGAAAUCACGACUACCACCGCAACCCCGACGCGCAGACAGACCCGGCGCUGAGGCAGAGGGACCCGCGGUGGCGCUGUGAGAAGACCUACACCGUCGUGCGCGACACCUGCCCCAAGUUCCGCUACUUCGAGUGCAACCCGCUACUGCAGCUGUUCUUUAUCGACACGUCCCCCCUGGUGGCGGGCUACUGGCACGGCAAGGCACAUGAAUUUGAGAAGCUCAACUUCACGGGCCUCCCAGACGCCUCCCUCACUCUGCACUAUCAACUCACGUUGCUGCGUGCAGCGCUGGCAUCAUCAACUGCCACGUGGAAGGUGGUGGUUGGCCAUCAUCCCAUCCACAGCACAGGCAGCCAUGGCAACACGCCUGAGCUGAUCAAGUUCCUCUACCCGCUUCUCAAGCGCUACAACGUGGACAUAUACAUGAACGGCCACGACCACAACCUCGAGCUCUACAAGGAUGUCAACAGUCUGGCCUUCACCAUUCUCUUCUCCGCGCUGCUACUGCUCCUCAUUGAUUGGCGCGCGCUCCUCUCGCUCAACUGCUCCGCCGCCUCCGCCGCCGCCGCAGCCGCCGCCAUCUCCGCCGCUCCCCACGCUACUCCCGCCGCUGCCGCCAGCGGUGGAUUCGCGGCAACGGGGGCGGGUGAGCGUCCCGCUGUGCGGACACUGGCGGAGACGCGGAGCGAAAGGGAGUGGCGCGAGGGACGUUCGUACGAGCGAGAUGGGGAGAGAGGCAUGCAGGGUAGGGGUGCAGGGAAAAUGAGCGAUGUUGGACCAGACACGAUUGUAAAUAGUCCUGUAUAUAGAGGCUCAUACGUAGGUGUAUAUAGCGGUGGGGAUGGGUCGAGAGUCGAAGCAGGCGCGCUGCAGGAUGCGAUAAUCCCUGGGGAGCGGAGGAGGAGGCUUGUACAGGGGAGCGCAGCAGAGGAGAGAGUAGCAGCGGGAACGGAAGCAGGGAGGGGGUUAGCAGAGGGGAGGGUAGUGGAGGGGAGAGUAGCAGAGGGCGCAGCGGAAGCGGCGAUGCACGAAGCGGAGGGGGCGGCGGAGGGCGCGUGCGACGUGUUGAGGCACGCUAUAAGGAGGGACGUGUUCCGGCGUGUGAGUGUGUGGGAGGUGACAGUAACGGCGUACCUGGCGCUGCUGUGCCUCUACUGGCUCCUCUGCUUCGCUCACUUCUUCCUCCGCCUCCCCGCGCUGCUGGAAACGCGCGCCCUCUUCCGCCACAGGUGCGUGCUGUGUCCUGCGCUUGUCCCGCCACAGGGCUGCUGUGGUGGAUCCCCCAUCAAUGCAUCCCUCUCUCCCCGUGUCCGUCUUCCUCCUUGCGCCUCUGACCCCCCAUCCGACCAUUCCCACUAUCCCCACCAUCCCCCCAUCCCCGCCAUCCCCCCAUCCAAUCCGCGCAGGUUGCGCCUGUCGGACCAUCAGCUGCUCAUGACGCCCUGGCCCGCCGUGGUGGCGCGCCUCGUGCGCGCGUGGAAUGCCGAGGGCGCGGGGGAGAGGGGGGAACGAGCGGGGGAGCGAGCGAGGGAGCGUGCAGGUGGCGGAGGGGAAGGGCGCGCAGGGGGGGAGGAGUCCAGCGAGGACGAGGAGGAGGGGGAGCAGGCGCAGCAGGGGGAAGAGCGGGGUCUGGGGGCAGAAUGGCUGGAGGCAGACGCAGCAGGGGGAGGAGGGAUUUCAGGAACGGUAGUGGUGCGAGGGGUAGGAGGGAGAGGGGCAGGCGGGGUGGUGUGCGGAGGCAGGGCACGGGUGGGGGGGCUGUCAGCGUACGAGGUGGCGGCGCGCAUCACACGGCGAGACAACUACCUGGUUGCUCUGGUGGACUCGCGCCUGCUCACUGUGCGCGUGCCUGCUGGGGGGGGACAUGGGGGAUCGGGAAGCACAGGUGCUGCACUUGCUGCUGCGCUGCUGAGUGCCGUGGGGCCGCUGCUGUCCUUCCACGUGGUGCAUGAGAAGAGGCGACGCAAGGGAGGGAGUGGUCGAGUGGAGGGGCGAGAGGAGGAGCGGGAGGAGGGAUGGGAGGGGCGGGAGGAGGGGUGUGUGCGGGUGACGGUGUUGAGCAAGACGUUGGAGUGGGUGGUGCACUGGUGUGUGCUGCACCCCUUGCUGGACCGCCAUGGCCGCCUGCAGAAACACUUCCUGGACGACCCGGCAGCGCUGCGCCAGCGGUUCGUGCUCUCGGGGUGGCUGCUGGCGCUGCUGUCGCCGUUCGUGCUGCUCUUUGUGCUCUCCUUCUUCCUGCUGCGCAAGGCCCACCAUCUGUACCAUGAGCCGGCUGCUGCGGGCGUGCGCUCCUGGUCCAACCUCGCGCGCUGGAUGUUCAAGGAGUACAACGAGGUGGACCAUCUGACCUCGCAGCGCCUAGACGAGGCAUGCCCACGGGCGGACGAGUACCUGGCGCAGUUCCCCUCGCCACUGCUCUCACUCGCCGCCAAGCUCCUCUCCUUUGUUGCCGGCUCCUUGGCUGCUCUGCUGCUCGCCUUGGCUCUCGCGGAUGAGAAGCUGCUGGAGGCACAGCUCUUUGGGCGCGGCCUUGUGUGGUACGCGGCCAUACUGGGUGCGGUGCUGGCAGCAGCACGGCCGGUGGCACAGGCGGACAGGGCGGCAGGCAGUGUGGAUCCCAAGGGGGCGCUGCUGAGGGCAGCGCAGCACACGCACUUCCUGCCCACCAGGUGGCGGAGCAAGGCGCACACGCAGCGAGUCAGAGACGAGUUCCAGACGCUCUACCAGGUGCGGGUCAAGCUGAGAGGGGGACCAGCUGCAUGGCCUCAAGUGGGGCUACCUAGUUCUUCCAACACCUCUCAAUCACGCCUUCACGACUCUGUCCCACACCUGCGUGUCCCUUCCUCCCCCCUUCCUCCCCCCGUCCUCCCCCCGUCUUCCCCCCGUCCUCCCCCGUCCUCCCCACGUCCUCCCCCGUCCUCCCCCGUCCUCCCCCCGUCUCCCCCUGUCCUUCCCCCGUCCUCCCCCCCGUCUCCCCCCGUCAUUCCCCCGUCCUCCCCCCCUCCCCGUCCUCCUCUCCUCUCCUCUCCUCUCCUCUCCUCGCCUCUCCUCACCUCACGUGCUCUCCGCCCCGCCCCAUGCCACGUCUGUGGGCAGUUGAAGCCGCUGCUCUUCCUAGCGGACGUGCUCGCCAUCUUCACCACGCCCCUCAUGCUCUGGUUCAUCCUGCCCCAGGUACUGCCUCCCCCCGCGCCUCUUCUUCCCCUCGCCAUCUUCACCACGCCGCUCAUGCUCUGGUUCAUCCUGCCCCAGGUACUGCCUCCCCCCGCGCCUCUUCUUCCCCUCGCCAUCUUCACCACGCCGCUCAUGCUCUGGUUCAUCCUGCUCCAGGUACUGCCUCCCCCCGCGCCUCUUCUUCCCCUCGCCAUCUUCACCACGCCGCUCAUGCUCUGGUUCAUCCUGCCCCAGGUAGCGUAUUCGACUGUUGUCCGCCCUCCCUUGACAGUGUGUUUGUGGGCCACGUGUGCUCUCACAGUGUGUUUGACUGUUGUCCGCCCUCCCUUGCCCCAUCCGCCCUCCCUUGCCCCAUCCGCCCUCCCUUGCCCCAUCCGCCCUCACGUGCCCCAUCCGCCCACGUCCCCACCCAUCCCACAGAGGGCGGACGCCAUUCUCGCCUUCCUGCGAAGCACCUCCACGUACCACGAGGGGCUGGGCCACGUGUGCUCUCACAGCGUGUUUGACUCGCAGGGAGAGCAGCAUGCCAGCAGCAGUGGGAAGAGCGGUGCUUGGAGUGCGGAUACCAAAGGGGAUAGUGGCAGGAGUGGCAGGUUGGGGAGUGGCAGUGGCGAAAGCGGAGGUGGAAGCAGCGGGGUUAUGCGAGGAGGGGGGUGUGAGGGUCGGCUUGGGGUGGGAGUGUGUGGAGGAACGGUGGGGGAGGUAGCUGUUGGCGUGGAGGGUGGGCAAGGAGUGUGGGAGGGCGGGCGAGGAAGCGGGGUUGAUGACACAUUGGCGGCAACCCACAGCAGUGAGAGCAAGGUGGAGCAGUCAUUUGUCAGCUACCCUUCCUGGCAGCCCCAUGCUUCAGCCCAGCGAUUCCUGGCGCCACCUGCUCUGCAGCAGCAGCAAGAGCGGCAGCAGCAGCAGCAGCAGCAGCAGCAGCAGCAGCAGCAGCAGCAGCAGCAGCAGCAGCAGCAGCAGCAGCAGCAGCAGCAGCAGCAGCAGCAGCAGCAGCAGCAGCAGCAGCAGCAGCAGCAGCAGCAGCAGCAGCAGCAGCAGCAGCAGCAGCAGCAGCAGCAGCAGCAGCAGCAGCAGCAGCAGCAGCAGCAGCAGCAGCAGCAGCAGCAGCAGCAGCAGCAGCAGCAGCAGCAGCAGCAGCAGCAGCAGCAGCAGCAGCAGCAGCAGCAGCAGCAGCAGCAGCAGCAGCAGCAGCAGCAGCAGCAGCAGCAGCAGCAGCAGCAGCAGCAGCAGCAGCAGCAGCAGCAACAACAACACCAUAGCAAGAGCAUGCAUGGUUCGCUUCCCUCACAGGCACAUUCUGGACAGCCACAUUCGCCAAUAGCCCAACUUCACUCCCCAUCAGCAGUCGUAACCGCAACACAAGCAGCAGCAGCAACAGCAGCAGCAGCAGCAGCAGCAGCAGCAGCACCUGCAACCUCCAUUACCGUGCCUCAUCCCUCCUCCCUCUCCCACUCGCCUUCAUCCAGCCACGCUCGUGCCUCCUCAUCUCGCCAACCACCCAUGGACAGCCCUCUCGCACCCACCACCCUUGCCUUCCCAGCCCCCCAACCCCAUCGCCACACACAUCACCGUGCUGCCUCCACCCUGCCAUCCCCUCUCCGUGCUCUCACCUCCCCUCCACCGCAUUCACUGCAAGCUUUACUUGGCCCCGAGACCACUGCAGAUGCUGCCCCUCUGCAAUCACCCUCUCACUGUCACCACCCUGUACAGUCACCAUUAAGUAUACCAAAGCGCUCUGCAGCAGUGCCUCGAGUGGCAAGCGGUGCAGAGGGGUCGCAGUGGGUGCUGCAGCAGGGCAUGCAGCCCACCCGCAGCCUCAGCUGCAGUGAUGGUGUGUGGCAGGGGAUGGGGGAGGGGACUGGCAUGGGGGAGGGGAGUGGCAUGGGUGAUGGUGGGGGCAUGGGUAGCAGCAUGCUGCUGGAACACAUGGAUGCUGCCAUGCAUGGGGGCAUCCAUGGGGCAAUGUAUGGGCAUGCACACAGGGAGGUGGCAGGGCGGAGCAUUAUGCAUGGUGGGAGGCACGGUAAUGAGAUGCGUCAUGAUGACGGCGAGGAGGAGGCAGGCACCCAUGUAAGAGGUGGCAUUGCAUGGGGGGAUGUGCAAGGAAGGCAGGAGCCCCAGCCAGAAGCACACAGGCAGCAGCAGCAGCAGGAGCAGCUGCCACUGCACCAAGCGGCGGUGGCUGGCUCUCCAAGUGUUGCUACUGGAGUAACGCGCAGCCCAAGUGCGGAUGCAGUGCAUGCAGCCCGUGUGGGAGGGGUGGUGCACACAGUGAAACCUUCACCUGCUGCUGUGGUUGCUUGGAGGGAGCGGGAAACAGGAGCAGUUGGAGCAGGUGGGGAAGCGAGAGCACGAGGAGCAUCAGGUGCACAUGUAUCAGUGGGUGCAAGGAGAGAGGACUCGUCGCAUAAAGGGGAUUCUCCACCUCUGCCUUUUGGAGACAUCUUUGCUGUCGACUCCGACUGA